CGGGGUAUUCAUUAUCCUCAUGCUGCUACUUUUCCUAUAUAUUAAUAAGAAGAUGUGUUUUGAAAAUGUUGGUGGCUUCCCAGAUCUUGAUUCUGGAUACACUACAAGAACAAAUUCACGAGAUAAACUUUGUUAGAAUAAAAAUACAUAUUCGUUCCUCACACAGUUGUCUUAUUUUUGAAAAUAAUGAAUUUUAUUAUGGCUAGUUGAUGCUACAGUUGAUAGAAGACUGUCAUUUUGCUGGUUGAUUGUGGCUUCAUUUCAAGAUACUUAUUUUUGAUACUUAACUUAUUAUUUUCAAUGAAUGUUGAAUGGAAAGAGUAAAGCUGCAGUCUCCCCUGUUAAAUGUAUCGAGUUUGAGGUAGCAAAAGUAAAUAGCUAUGAAAUAGAACUUGAAGAAAUGAUGUUUACCUCUUUGUGAAAUGGAAGAUCUUUCAAAAAAAAAAAAAAUUGUUUUGCUGCUGAAUAGAUUGGACAAAUGGCGUUUUUCAGAAACUUCCACCAAAAUCUGAGUCUUCCCUCUGUGUCUUCUCUGGUGGACACUCUCAGCAAUGCUGUAGAUGAUCUGACUAGUGUUGUUGGAGAAGUCAGCUACAGCGUAGCCGAUACAGUAACUGAACAAGUAACAAGCAUGAUAAAUGGCCUUCGUGCAGAAGAUGAAAGCUCCAAAAUACAGAAUGAUAAACCUAUGCAAGGUGGUAAAGAGGAAAACACACCAUUGUUAACUGAGCCUAAGGAAAUCUAUAUGAAAGCAAAGAAUGGUAUUGCUGAAACUCAUUAUUCCAAUUCAUUAGAUCUUGUAAAAAAAGGUACAAAUGAAGAUGGAGUAUCUGACCAUGUCAUGGGCAAAAAACAGUGCCAGUUGAAAGGCAGAGAUAGUAACGGUCAUUUAGAUGAUAUGGAAGUUCCUUGGGAUUUGAAGAAUGUAGGAAGAUCUUUCAAAAGGGAAGCAGUAGGAGAAAAUGGGUAUUUUGCAAAUGAUAAGUUACUGAAGGAUGGUAGCCUGAAAAGUAAUAAACUUAUGAUGGAGGAAUCUACUGAGAAACAAGGUAGUUGCCUAUAUGCAGUAUCAGAAAAUUCUAAGAAUCAGUUGAAUAAAAAAAACAAACAACGAUCUCCUGGAAUUGAAUGUAAUGAUUCUGAAGAAGUGCACAGUAUGACUGUUCCACAAGAUUUAGAAACAAAAUGUGUUGAUGUACAGAAGCAAAAAUUAUCAAACUCCAGCUUGAGGAAGACGCACAAUGAACAUCCCAAUUGCAUUAAUGAAAUCAAAGAAAAGAAAUCUGAAACCUUUUUUGACAGAAAAGGAAAAUCUAUAACCAAGAGUGAAGGUGAUGCAUCAGCUACCAUUGUAAAAAUAGGUAAAAAGAAAUACUCAGAGAAAUCAGAAAAUAAAUCAGGAGAGCUGUGUAAUAAGAAGACAGCAGGAAAAGACAACUCUUAUAUGAGUAAAGAUCAGCAUGGUUCAUCAUCUGAGAGUGAAGAUGAAGCACUGGGUAAAUAUCAUGAGGCCUUGUCUAGAACCCAGAGUUCCAGGCUGCCAGUGGUGGAUGGCAGACAGCAAAAAAACUAUGUAUGGGAAACCAGACAAAAAUAUAGUCCCCUGUCUGCAGAAUAUGAUGGAUACAGUAGUGAAGCCUCAAUAGAUGAAGCUAACUGCAUUCAGAGGAUGAGAAGAACACCUCCGCUAGAUGAACUGCAGCCACCUCCAUACCAGGAUGAUAGCGGUUCUCCUCAUCUUUCAUGUACGCCUUCUGAAGUUGGAGACAGUAAAUGUGAAUUUUCCCAGUGUAGCAACAGUCCAAGAUGUUCAUAUAAGUGUCCAAGUGAGGGAAGCACAGGACACGAAAUAGAAAGUUUUCAUAACAAAGGAUAUGAAGAGGAUGUACCAAGUGAUAGCACAGCUGUCCUUAGUCCAGAGGAUAUGUCAGCUCGAGGAUCAUCUUCACAGCUUCCUAAACCUUUUGAUCCUGAGCCAGUAGCUAAAUAUGGCACACUGGAUGUGACUUUUGACUAUGACUCACAGGAACAGAAGCUUUUGGUGACAGUGACAGCUGUCACAGAUAUUCCUACAUACAGCAGGACAGGUGGAAGCUCAUGGCAAGUACACCUAGUUCUUCUCCCUAUAAAGAAACAGAGAGCAAAAACCAGCAUCCAGCGGGGACCGUGCCCUGUCUUCACAGAGACAUUCAAAUUUAAUCACGUUGAGUCUGAGAUGAUUGGGAAUUAUGCAGUUCGCUUUCGACUAUACAGCGUACGUCGCAUGAAAAAAGAGAGGAUUGUGGGAGAAAAGAUUUUUUACUUAACAAAAUUGAAUCUUCAAGGGAAGAUGUCAGUGCCAGUGAUAUUGGAACCUUCUUACAGUCUGUCUGGUUGUGACUCUCAAAUGAGCAUGUCAGAAGUGUCCUGCAGUGAAAGCACCUCCUCUUGUCAGUCUCUGGUGCAUGGCUCAGCUCCAGAAAUCCUCAUUGGCCUCCUUUAUAAUGCUACAACUGGAAGAUUAUCAGCAGAAGUGAUAAAAGGCAGCCACUUCAAAAACUUGGCAGCAAACAGACCACCCAAUGGACUGUUCUGUUGUCUAAAACACUUGAUAGGUGGACAGGUUUAUAUAAUCCGAGAUACAUAUGUUAAGUUAACACUGCUGAACUCCAUGGGGCAAGAGAUGUCCAAAUGCAAAACUUCAAUCCGUCGAGGACAGCCAAAUCCAGUAUACAAAGAAACCUUCGUUUUCCAAGUUGCACUGUUUCAGCUUUCGGAUGUGACGCUCAUAUUGUCUGUAUAUAAUAAACGCAGCAUGAAACGAAAAGAGAUGAUAGGGUGGAUUUCCUUAGGUCUUAACAGCUCAGGAGAAGAUGAACUUAAUCACUGGACUGAGAUGAAAGAAUCUAAAGGACAGCAAGUAUGUAGAUGGCAUACUUUACUAGAAUCUUAAAGGACGGUACAAAGUGCGGUUGUGGUUCUAAGGAAGUUUUGUCUUUCAAGAUGAUCAUUAUUUCCGGUCACAGUCAACAGAUCUGUUGUGGAAAUGGAAAAUGAGAUCAACAUUCCAUUUUAAAGAGUGCACAAAUGGCGGGAUUUAAUAUAUAAUCAUCAUUUAGUAUCAGGCACAUCCUUGGUGUUAGAGGAGCCUUGCUAUAUGCAAACAUGUUAGCAGUCCCUCCCCUAGCCACCUGAUGCUGUAUUCAUUUGGGUUUGUUUUGUGUUUUACAAUUCAGUAAUAUUUUAUGUGAGGUUCUCCAAAUUAGCGUAUGCUCCUUCUUGUGUACUUUUUGUAGUGCUCUUAUACUGUAGCUUCUGACCUGCCUGCAUUCAGAUUAAGGGUCAAUAAUUUGCACUAAAAAAGAAAAAUUUGAUGAUCUGUAAAGAAAAAAAUCAACAAUGAAAAACACCACCAUAAAAACCAAGCCCACCAGUGGAGAAGAACAUUUAGUAAUACAGCAUAUAUGAAUAUACUGUUGUUUAACACCGAGUUUCUUUCCAGGAGCUUAGUCCAAUUAAGUUUUCAUUUUUGAUAUCCAGUUGGUUUGAAAAAUACUAGCAUUUGGGCAUCAGGUGAACUUUGACAUAAAAUAAAUGUUUCUUCAGUCUGUGACAGGAACGAGCUCUCUAUAUGGCAUAAAUUGGGGUUUUCCCUCUUGCCUGUACUUCUGCCUAAUCCAAAGAGACCAGAUCAUUAAUUUGGUCCCUUCCAAAUCUCCUUAGACAGGUUGUACUGUAAAACUAUGUAACUUUCUGUUGAAAGCACCUCCUGUAUUCGUGUAUUCCAAUGUAGGAAGCUCAUAGAGCACGAUUUUACUAAAAUAUUUUUUCGUUAAAAAAAAUAAAUAUAUAUAUAUAUAUGUAUUUCUUUAAAAUGUCAACAGUUGGAAGUUAGGUUGAAAGACUGAAGGAAGUGGAAGCAGUUGAACUGCUCAGAAUGAAUGAGAAAUAUUGUGACUUUUGUUGGAAUAGACGUUUGCUUGAGUCUUUUCUGAGCUGUGUUAGGGAUUACUGUAUGCCCUUUGUUGGAAGUACAGGUCAGACCAGAAUUUUUUACCUUUCUUCUUGGAGAAGACAACAUUAGUGAGUUCUUUUUUUUUUUUUUUUUUUCCAAGUGAUUUGCCAGCAAAUGAAUUAAUAUUCACACCCAACAUAGAAAUUUUCCUUGCUUAUAUUCAGGUUGGGAACAGCAGCUUUCAAAGAACAAAAGGAGCCACAGUAUCACAAAAAAAGUUUACCAAUGAACACUUCUGGCUUCCACUGAAAUUGGGGAAAUAUCUGUGCUUCUGAGAUUCCUAUUUGUCCCAAAUAUUUUAACUGGAAUCACACUAACUGUCUGACUGCUGAAUCCAAGUCAGAUUACUGAAACUGUGGAUUAUUGAGUAAAUGUUUUUUUUUUUUAAACACUUUCCAGUUCAAAUACUGUCUUUGCCUGUAAUGACGUCUCAUUUAAAAUUGUAAUUGUUGCUGUAUGAAAAGCAAGCAAAUUUGUUUUUCUUAUAAAUGAUGGUGAUGUCUUACUGUUUUUUAGCACUUGGUGGGUAGAAGACAGAAGUUUUGGAUAGUAUUGAGAGAAUUAGUGGUAGCCUAGACCAUUCUCAUUAGGACAAUUUUUUUUUUUCUCUCAUAUUUCUUUGUAAUACCUUUGAACCAUCCUGGCUUUAGGGUAUAUAGUCAAGUACAGUGAGAUUGGAGACAGUAACUAUACUAUACUAAAGACGUUUCAUGUGGUUCUCAAAUUCUCAUACUACUUAACAAGUUCACUAGGGCCUUUUUAAAGACUACUGUAAUUCCACUUCUUAGUUUAUUUGGUGCCUUCCAAAGGGUUUAUUUGCAGAGCCAGGUUUUCAGAUUUAAAGGUUAACAGGCCUGAUUUUUAAUCUGUUAUUACAUUGCUGCUUCAUUUACAGAAGCUUUAUUUAUUAAAUACGAAUAAUCCAAAAACUCUUUAACCAGGAAUGAUCUUGCAGUGCUACAAGUUGUCUCUUUUAGUCCUUUUUGUUGCUCGGUUUGUAAAACGUAAUGUUGAGUGUAGAAUUUAAUAAUAAUAAUAAUAAUAAUCAACAUUAAUUUUAUAUGCAUAAGGAAAAUGCUCAGAUUUUCCCAAUCCUUAUAGCUUUCCUAUGAUAGAAACUGUCUUAGAAGCUGAUCAAAAGCAACUUUUCAAUGGAUGUGGAAGUGUUUUUACUCAUUCUGUUUGUGGAUGUUUGAACGCUCUUUCCUAAAGCUGAAACUUGUCUCUUACUGGUUGUCUCUUUGUACAGAUUUUGAUUUAAAAUAAUUUACAGUUUUUAACAGUAGGAACUGAGGAAGUUAAUUCCAGUGGAGGAUAUAGUUAACAUUGCCAUUGAAGAAGUGAGUUUGGAAGGUGCAGCAAGUAACCUCUUACAGAAUCCAAACUAAACUAAUAGUGUCCUGACUUGGGUUUAUGUUUGUGGGUUGCAUUACUUCAAUUUUACAUCUAAUCAUUCAGAUUUCUAAGACACUAAAACCUUAAUUUAGACAUAGCAGAUACUGAAAAUAAUCUGCAUUGGGCACAAUUGGGAAUAAAAAGAAUCUCUUUCUAGAUUAUGUGACUUUUCCCACAGUAGUCAGGUCCAGUUUGUGCUAUGCAGAAGAGGGUUUGCCUUAUUUGGAUUUAUUCUGUACAAAGGCUGGAAACUGAAUGUGUAAAGAAUGGAAAUGAAUGUUUAAUUUUCAGGCAGUAGAAUAUGGAUUUUCCAUGCAAAACCAGUCACACCAAUAAUUGGAUUCACCCUGGGAUUUUUAUGAAUUAGUUACAGUAUCAGUAGCUGUCAUGUUGUUCUUUCUUUGUAGAUCCCAUUCUUAUGCAUUGUUUGUCAUUAUAUUCUUCUUACUGCUUUAUGCGAACCGAUACUUUCCUAUCUGAAAUCUGCCUUAGAUGCAGAAGCCCCCAUAGGGGCUUAAGCAUAUAGUGCAUUUUGGUGCAUUAACUGAAAUCUCAAGCAUGGAACAGAAUUUCUACAGAACAAAGUGUUUGAAGGAAAUUAGAAAGAGACAGUUAUGUUUUCCUCAGACUUGUCGGUGCUUUCUUCAUAGUUUUUGUUGCUUAUUUUUGUUCAAAAGUACAAUUAGUACUUGGAAGAGUUUAUCAAAUUAUCUAAUCACUUUUCUGUGUGCCAAUAUACCAUGUAGAGAUUACAAUUCUUGAAUUAGUUUUCUGACAGUGUAGCCUUAAAUAAUUGUAGAACAGUGAAGUUCUCACAGAUUCUAUUCUGGAAAAUAUUUCAUCCUUUCUGCAUGUAAUCUAUUUGCUUUAAUGUUUAGAAUAUUUCACAUAGGUGUUCUCAAAGGUAAAGUCAUCUUAAAGUAUCAUAGCUAUGAGGAAAGGUGGUUCGUUCCUUUCAGUAUGUGGUAUGGGCAAGGUUGCCAUCUGUACAGACAAGUAUGAAAUCACUGUGCAGGAGGAUGAGAGGGCCCACGGUCUGUGUAGGACAUCGCUGUCUCCCCCAUUUGUGGAGACACAGAGUAAGCAGAGUCAUGCUUCUGCUCCCUGCUUAGGAGGGUGGCACUGGUAGGAUUCAAAGCUUGGUCCCUGUGGUGCUGCUCCAUGCUCAGGACUUAAGGGACAGCCACACAGUGACCAAGCAGUGAGUCUGAGCGUAAAGGCAGAAGUUAGGCAAGGUGUGAUGGAUUGAAUACAGAUCGCUCCUACACAUAUAAAUUCUAACAAAAAGUCUGUGGUAAAAUCAGAGAAUGAUCUUUGAGGGGAAGCCUCUUGGCCUGAGCGUUUCAAUGUGAAACUAUGAACACAUUACCCUUUCAUUUAACCAAGAGUCCAGUUAAACUCUUAUUCAUCACACUUUUCUGGAGGAAAAAUGGCUGUCUUGUCUAAAGCAGAUUUUAAUAUUAUGGCUUGUCCAGCAGCAAGGCAUACUGACUUCCUCCUUUAGCUGAAUUCUCAGUAAAAGUUCAUCAUUCAUUUAACUCUCCCACUGAUGUGCAUACACACCUCCCAUUAACGUUAAUAAGAAGAACCCACAGGCAUCAACAGGAGUGGGGACCUGACCCUGAAGUGUUAUGUGUAAUGGGAUCAGUAGAGUAGAUACAGUGGGGCACCUGCAACACGAUCAAAUGUGAUUCCAACUGUGAAUGGAGGUUUUUAAAAAAAAUAAAUAAAUCAGGAUACUUAGUUAUUUAAUCAUUAUCUCUUAUUUUUGUUUCUUCUAUUCCUCAGCUUGUGGAAAUGCUUCAACAUUAAAAAUGUUAAAGCAAUCGUCAAACAUCUUGAUUGCUUUAACUGGAAUAUUCAGCAAAGUUAUUGUUAGAACAAGCUGUCAAGAAUGCUCUGUAUUUUUGGUCUAUUUAACUCAGCUGCUGGAUUUUGUAGUACUUCACAGCUGGAUUUCAGACAACUUUGUUCUGGUGGUAGUUUUUGAAGGGGAAGUCAUAGGAGCAUUUGCUUGUCUGUGAAACAAUUCCUGAUGAAGCGAUGCCAUCUGGGAGUAAGGGCGCUAAAACGAGAGAGGGCCUCACGCUGAGGUAGCUGCAGUGACUCCACUUCCACUCGAGGAGCCUCGCAGUCCUUGGAGGGCCCUACUCAGAGAAGAGGUGCUGUGUGCUUUGUGGGAGCUCAUACAUCCAACGUUGCCCAUGUUGCUCUGUGUGGGAGCCCCUCGGCUGCUAACCUAGCAUAUUUUAUAGACGUAAGAAGGGUAAAUAAGUGUUUAUUUGCAGGGUGAGUACAAACUGGCCUACAGUGAUGUGGAUUAGUUUAGCCUUACGAACUUACCACUGCCCCUCCUUAAUUGCAAGCAGGGUUUCUUCCUUUCUGCAGACUAUGCGGAAAUCUUAUGCACCCAAUGUAUCUGUUUAUAUUAUGCCUACCUGCAUACAGCACGAUUAGAUUAAUGGUAGCAAGCUUAGUUGGUAUUUGACAUGGUGUGACUGAAUUAAAUUGGUCUGAUACGUGCUGGGCCAGGUUUUGCUGCACAGGGUUUUGCUGAUGUAAUAGAGAAUAAGAUCUGUAUGGGGAGGAAUGUGCCAGGAGUUAGGAAGAUGGGUAGUAUUGCUCCUUUAGGAAUGAAGACCAGGAAACAACUAUGUCCAGAAAAUGGGCAAGGCUAGCCUAAUAGCAAGAAGCAUUCAUUCACUUCCUUGGAAGCAUUUACUGGUUGAGCUGGUACAAAGCCUCCAAAAGUUUCCUGUCUCUGAGGAGCCUACUCAAGAGAGCAGAAGCAGUACUACCAUACCACUGAAGGAAUACCUCAUGGACAUUCAGGGAUGUAAUUAAUGUCAUCCUUUUUGUCUUAUAUCUGAGGACAGGAGUCUUGCCCGUUUUAUCGAGUUAAUUCUUUUGCUGUGUUUUGUAAAUCCUAUGGACAUUCACUGCAUGCCUAGGGUUUAAAGUGGAUUGCUUUAUAACUUUUGGUUCAUUUCCAAAGCAUGACUUUGAGUGAAUUUUCAGAAUUAACUAGAAGCAUUAUCAUAGCUUUAAGAUGUAAGGUAAUUUCUAGGCCAUAGUGCAAGCAAGGAGCAGGGCUUUGAACAAAUUUUGACGGUGAAUUUUGCAAAUGGCUUAUUAUGACAUUUUAAGAAAAUUUCUAAGCGGUUGAAUGUAUUACGGAAUAUUUACAAAAAAAAAAAAAAAAGGAGGAAAUAGAGCAAUGAUCUUUUUUACUAUACAGCUAGUUUGCUGUCCUUUCCAGUAAACCACAAGGUUCAUUAGUGCUCCGUACUGUUUUGUUUAUGACAACAGUUUUUAAUGUGAUUUUCAUGACAAAGUGUAAUUAGUGAAAUCUUUUAUUCAAUUUUCCCUUUGGUUGCUUUUUUUAAGGAGAGAUUUCUCCUUAUAUAGUAUAUAUACUUUCUUACAGAGCUUUCUUACCUAUUUUUCUAUAAGAUGAUUUAACAAUGUAAAAAUAAAUGCUCUAUGAGCAAGCUGUAUCACUGUUACACAAUCUAAAGUGCUAAUAUAAUGACUAAGGGCCUGAACCUACUGCCUUUUACUCGGGUCUUGGUUUAAGUGCUCUUCCUUCGUGUCGGGCAGAACCUUUCCCCAUAAGCAGUUCCAUCCAUUUCCCUGAAGUGACUCAGGGAAAGGUACAAUUAACGUGAGGAAGAGUGGUAAAACUGAGCCUCCUCUCCAUUCUUAGCAGGACGACUGUCAUGAGUAAAGGCUGCUGGCUCUGUCCCAAAAGUGUAGUUAUAGAUUAUAGUUCCCUUGAUCUUCAGUAAUUUUGAACUUGUUUUCUGGUGACUAUAAGCUAAUAACUGAUCGUAGUGAAUACAAAUACUGAAUUGUGCUGUUAUCAGCAAGAUUAUUAAAAUGUGUUUCACAUUUUAAUUCAUUCUCUCAUUGGGAUAUAAGGAAUUGGGUUUGUGAAGCAUUAUAUUGCAUAGAGAUAGCACACAUUCGCCGCAUUUUUAAUAAGUGUAUGAAAUAUACGGUAUGUAGCAUUUUCUUGCAUACUUUUAUACUGCCUGUUUGCCACCGAUGCACUCGGUGCCUUGUUUCUUUUGUACAAGACCAAUAUGUAGAGAAACUAAUGUUAUCACAUGUAAGCAAUGUCACUGCAAAUCAGAAGAUGUCUUAACCCAGUGAUUCCUCGUACAGGAGGUUUCAAAUGGCAGUUUGGUUUGACACAAUGCAUUUCUUUGAGUUUUUAGCUUUCCCCUUCCCUUGCUCAUCCUGCCUCUCCAAGAAACCUCCUCACAUGACUGUUUAUUCCUAUCUGAUUCCUGUGUCUGAUCUAAGUCACAUGGUGUUAACCAAAGAACCAAGUCUGUUUUGAAUUCUUCGGACAAAUAUUGUUUGGACUUGCUGUUACUUAAAGACAGAAAUGACAUAACGGAUCUCUUUGAACAAAUAUAAAAUAGGCUUCUGUAAAUGUGACUCGCAGCUGAGAAUUCAAGAUACCUCUCUUCUGACUGGUCGUGCAUUAUUGUGUCGGUAGCAAUGUGUUUGAUUUAUAUUUCUUUGUGUAUUUAAAUCAAAAUCACAUCACAAAAAUAUAAAUCAGUGCUGUCAAAUUAGCUUAUUUUACUCAUUUUAUACAUAUAUCUGAAGUGUGCAACUUUGAGAACAGAUUCAGCUUUUGUGUCUGAAGUCCUGAUAGCAUAUGAUAACUGUCUAGCAUAUGCUGGUCUUACGGAAACAGACUCAUGCUGCAUUAUAUGUACGUUUCCAACUAGUAUCCUCUUCAUUGUAUAAUUUUGGAAUAUAACAUGGUUUUCAACUAAUGUUUCAACUUGAAAUUCCUUAAAAUUCGGUGCAUGUAUAGCCUUAAACAUUUUAAGACACUAAGCACAGUUUUAAAGGGAAUAGGUUAUAUUUGCAAGUCCUGUUUAGAAAUCGGAGAAUUAUUUUUAUAUGUCAAUCAAAGAUCAUCGAAAAUGGGCAUAUUACAGUCAUGUUACCAACAGUGCUCCUAAUUAUAUGCAUUUAUAAAAAGCAUUUUGGUGGAACUUUUUAGACGUGAAACAUCACUGCUCAUUUUCUUUCUUGAAUUCACUGAUUUUGUUUUCAUGCUUUCAUUUCUGUACAGAAUCUUGGAGCCUAUAAAGAAAUGUCUGUGACUGAGUUUUCCCUCUUUUAGAAUUUCUUGAGCUUCUCUUCUGUUUUGCUGUGCUUUUAAUUUGAAUAAGCAGUAAUUAAAAUUCUCUAUUUAUUUAUUUAUUUUUACGUUUUGACAGUAAGAAAGAGUGAAUGACUGUUUUCAACUGUUUACAUGGCUUAUUAAAUUCUUAGGACUUCAUUUGAAACUGUCAUUAUAAUCCAGAUGAAGACAUACCUUUCAUGGCAUUUCAGUCCACAGCAGGUGAAGACAGAGUUCUGGCAAUGAAUGUGCAGAUCUGCAUAUUGGGUGUCAAAUUGUAAAUCCCCAGAGGGAUUUAUAAUUAUGUGUCACAUUGUAUCUACAGCAUCUCCAAUUGUGUGAUGUCAGUUAUAUCUUGUUUUCUUUCCUUUGUUAUUAACUAGCAAAAAAAAAAAAAACACCCCAACACCCUAUUUUCAUCAUUUUAUGCUAACGUAUAUUAAUCUUGAGGGUUUCCAGUGUGUGAGAUUAGUUAGUGUUGUCAGCUGUCUUUCUGUUUAAAAAAAUAAUAAUAAAAAGCUGGUCUUUCAGCACAUGCAUUCCAUUACUAUUCUGAUUUUGGGGAGAGGCAAAAUGCCACCAGCUAUUUGUAGUUGUAUUUACCUGUAGAGCACAGGUAAUUUAAUUCCAUAUUAGUUUGAUGAAAACAUGCUAUAGUAUAUUUUCAAAGUAUGGAUCCGUCACAACAUUAAAAUAGUCAUUUUACAUACCUGAAGCUUUGCAGCUGUGGUUUUCUAUUUUGUUUGCUCUCUCUAUUUGUAUUGAUUACUCUGUGAAAUGUGGUUUUGUCGGUUUUGGGACUUGAAUGGAUAUUCUUUGGUUAAUUCAAACUACUUUCUGUAUGUGGAAUCAGCUUUUUGCAUGUGAACUUAAUUGUUGGAAAGUAUUUGGAAAAAAAAAAAAAAAGGAAAAAUUACCUUUUAAAACUGGUUGUUGUCACUUUCCUUUGGAGUUAAUUGGAUCUUAAACAAAUGUAGUAGACUUCACUGUUUAGGAGAUACUAACGCUUGGACAACUGUUUGAACUCCUGUCAGCAUUAAAAGAAAACCAGCAAUUUUGGCAAGCUAACUAAUCCUCUCCCUAACACACUUCUUGGCUCUGUUUCCAAAUUUCCUAAGUAUCCCCAAUUCCCUCUCCAUUUCUCAUAGUCUUUGUUGAUGUCAUGAAUCUUCUACUUAGAGAAAUUUAAAUUAACCAAUGUGAUAAUGUUCUGACAAAUAUGAUGUGUAUACUGGCAAAUAAAGACACACUCAGGUGAUUGACUGAUUGA